AGAGUUAUGGCCACUCUAAGCAUGAAACCAGGGAGCCGCUUUUCUGUACCGGACUGGCACACCAACAGUGCUCUCAUAUCCACAAAUGCUGAAAGGCAACGUUCAGCUUCUCAUCAGAUUCGUCAGGAAGCCAGAAGUCUACGCAACGAGACCAACAACCAGACUAAAUGGGACGAGCAUGAUAAUAGUACCCGCCUUGUCGAUCGUAUUGAUGAAGUGGAGAAGUGGAAACAAGUGCUGGAUAAGUGCCUGGCUGAAGUAGAUGCAGAAAUAGAUGCUUUAACCUCGAUGAAAGAUGAAGCAGAACAAGCCUUGCAAGCUAAGAAUGUACCUUCAGAUGUAGCCAUAGAGUGUCUGACCCUCCGUGAAAGCCGAAGAAGCAUUGACCUGGUGAAAGACCCUGUGGAGGAAGAACUGCACAAGGAAGUGGAAGUGAUUGAGGGAGUUCGUAAAGCACUGCAGCAAAAGAUUAGUGAAGCUUUUGAGCAGAUUUGUCUUUUGCAGGAGACACGUCAACAACUAGCCUGGGAUCAGAGAGACAAGACUGAAACAAUUGAUAUCGAUCAAACAUGCCUCUCACUUACCAAGCAUUCCCCAAACAUCUCACUGAAGGUGGAUCCAACCCGUGUUCCUCAUGGGACAACCACUCCUCAAGAAUGGGAACAAUUUAGCCGUUACAACAAAGAGAGAGCAGAAGCUGAAGUCCGAGCCUCUGCCCAGUUGAGAGAGGCCAUUGCUAUAACUAUUGCACAGACUAAUAAUGAACUGGAAGCUCAGAGACAAGCUGUGGAAUUUGCUUUCAGGAAGAGGAUCCAUGAAUUUGAAAGAGCUCACAAUGAACUCAAGUGGCAAGAGAAAAAUACUAAGGAGGAAAUAGAGGAACUGGAGGAAGACAUAAGACGUCUGGAGUGUGAUCUCAGAGAGAAGAGUGGACCUCUGAAGCUAGCUCAUACACGCCUUGAGACUCGUACCUAUAGACCCAAUGUGGAUCUUUGUAGAGAUCAGGUGCAGUAUGGUUUGACAAAUGAGGUCCACCAGCUAGAGGGCACUAUUGCUGCAUUAAAGCAAAAAAUCGCUCAGUCACAGGAUGCACUGGAUGCGCUCUACAAACAUCUUGCCCGCAUUGAAGCAGAUAUAAAAUGUAAGGAAAACUCCCUAAACCUGGACAACAAAUGUGUUGAUUCCCGCCGGAAGCUCACUCUGCCUAUGGAGAAGUAUGUUCCAUCCAUGGAUUCCUUCAACCGAACCAUCAAUCGCCAACUUUCACCCUUGAAAAGUCAACAGCUGGAACUAGCUUGA